CGAGUGAUAACUAAAUCUAAAUAGUGUUUAAAAAACAAUGGGCGUCGGCAAAAUACCCGAGUUUGAUGUGAAAGCGGUAAAUUGGACUAUGUACUGUGAGAGGUUAGAAAUGUAUUUCCUCGCGAACGAUAUUAAGGAUGCGGUGAAAUUGCCAACAGUAAUCGCAGUAAUGGGAGAAGAUGCAUAUCACUUGUUAUCUACGUUAGCAAGCCCCGCCCAACCUUCAACUUUGACCUUCACUAACGCGGUGACGCUGCUUAAAAAUCACUUGCAACCGAAGCCCUCCAUCUUGGCCGAGCGCUACAGAUUUCGACAGCGUCGACAGGCAGAGGGAGAGAGUGUAGCUGAGUAUGUGGCAGAACUGAAGAAGUUGGCAAAAACAUGCGAUUUUGGUACCACUUUAGAAGAUAAUCUUCGCGAUCAACUUGUUUGCGGCAUUGUCAGUGAGUCGACGCGGCAAAGAUUGUUUGCAGAGGACGGUAUCGACUACUCGAGGGCCGUCAGCUUGGCUACGACACUGGAGGCGGCAGAAAAGAAUGCAGUCGCGGUAGACAGAGAUGCUAAGGUUAUCACGGGGGUACAUAAACUGGAGGCGAACCAUAAAUGUAUGGCGUGCGGUGAGAUUGGGCAUAAAACAGAAGGCUGUAAAUAUAAAAACUUUGAGUGUAGUUGGUGCAAGAACUUAGGCCACUUAAGAAGGAUGUGCUCGGAGAAAAAUGCAAGAUUCGGAGUGACGGAAACGGCGGGCAGCCAGUCACAAUCACGCGGGGACGGCGUGAUCUAUAACGGUAGCGGAGCACGUGGUAACCGAUCAGCUGAGAGAGGCGGCAGCGGGCGCGGGCCCGGGCGCGGAGGGCGCUCGGGCCGCCGAGGCACAAACAACUAUUGGGUGCAGGCGCACCAGGCAUCAGCUGACGUGGCGAGCGAUAACAGCGGAUAUACGUCGGCGCUGGACCAUAGUUGUGAUUUGGAUGAGGACAACGAACCUAUGUACCAAAUAUCAUUAAGCAAAUAUAAACCGGCAUGAGUCAUUGUUUGACGGCACCCUGGGGCGGUACACGGGCGGCACGGUGCGGCUGCACGUACGCCCGGCCGCGGGGCCGGUGUUCUGCCGCGCACGGCCGGUACCGUUCGCGCUGCGGCCGCGAGUUGACGCCGAGCUUGACGCCAUGCUGGAAGCGGGCGUCAUCCGGCCAGUCAGCCGCUCCGACUGAGCCACUCCUCUGGUGAUUGCUCGUAAGUGUAAGGCCUGACUGGACGCUCGAAGCGGAGCGUUCGGCGGGACGUGCAGCGUGGCGUCGGGCUCACAAGUGAUUUGAGCAGCGUGCACUAAGGCCGCUCCUAUACGUUUGCAUUUGUUUAACAUGCACGCCGCACGCCCCGCCCCGCUGC